CAACAUUAGUCUUUUAUCAUUGCAAUUGUCGAAAGAGAAAGACGAAAGAAACCCUAAUUUGGGCAAAUCAGACGACGACGACGAAGAAGAAGAAGAAGAAGAAGGGGAGAGAGAUGACGAUGACAAUUGUAAACUGAAAUAUCAAUUUGAAAGCACGAGUUUCAGGCACCAAAAUCCACAAAUCCUACAAUGGAGUUAGCAGACAGAGCUGUUGGUUUUCUGUUAUCCUUAAUCAGCUUGUCCGUUUUCACUUACUAUACUUUUUGGGUCAUCAUCUUGCCAUUUGUGGACACUGAGCACUUCAUCCACAAGUACUUCCUUCCUCAAGAAUAUGCCAUUCUCAUUCCUGUAUGUGCUCUUGUGAUGCUACUCUGCUUCCUGUGCGUCUUUAUUGGGUUUGUGAUGCUCAAAUCCAAGAAGAAGAAGGCUUGAUUCAAGUUCUACAGUAGUUUUAAUCAAUUUCAAGGUACUUAGUUUUGGUCUUUUUUUUCUUUACAACGUUUCUUGAUCUGAAUAUGUUUUACUUUUGAAAUGGAAACAACUCACUAGAUCUGCAGUAUACCAUUUUAUACUCUCUAAUUGUUCUAAUUUGACCGUUGCAUAGAAGAAAUGACUUUGACAGUUAUGCAAUAAGACUAUUGUGUGUCCAUUCGUAUUCAACUAAAGUUAUUUGUUUACGGAUUA